UUUUUUUCCUCUGCGGCGGCGGAAAUGACAGUGUGGUGCUGCGGUGGUGUCAUGGUGCUGCCUCUGGACUGAGAGGCGAAAACUCUUAAGUUUCGCCCGGGAGACCCAGACGCGGGAACGUCGCGAUCUCCGUGCCGUCCCCUGUGGGGCGCGCGGGCUGGCGGAUCCCGGCUGCUGCGCGGCGGCAGCGGCGGCGGCCGCAGCGGCGAAGGCGGGCGGCGGCCUAGAGUGUUGGUGGCGGCGGCGGCAGCGACAGCGGCCCGGGAGCUCGCGCGGGAGCCCCAGCCAGCUUGCUGAGGAGGCCGGCGAGCGCCCGGCGCUCCCAGGAGCACAGAGGAGAUGGCUGGCACCCGGGAACAAUAUGGGUGAAAGCCCAGCCUCUGCGGUUCUUAAUGCCUCAGCAGGAUUAUUUUCACUAAAGAUGGAAACACUGGAGUCUGAAUUGACCUGUCCAAUCUGCCUCGAGUUGUUUGAAGACCCCCUUCUGCUCCCCUGUGCUCAUAGCCUGUGUUUCAGCUGUGCCCAUCGCAUCUUGGUCUCCAGCUGCAGCUCCGGCGAAUCCAUCGAACCCAUUACCGCAUUUCAGUGUCCUACAUGCAGGUAUGUUAUCUCACUGAAUCACCGGGGCCUGGAUGGCCUCAAGAGGAACGUGACCCUGCAGAACAUUAUUGAUCGCUUCCAGAAGGCUUCAGUCAGUGGGCCCAAUUCUCCAAGUGAGAGCCGUCGGGAGAGGACUUACAGGCCAAGCUCCGCCAUGUCUAGUGAGCGAAUUGCUUGCCAAUUCUGUGAGCAGGACCCUCCAAGAGAUGCUGUGAAGACAUGCAUCACCUGUGAGGUCUCCUACUGUGACCGCUGCCUUCGGGCCACACACCCCAACAAGAAACCCUUCACCAGCCAUCGCCUGGUGGAACCAGUUUCAGAUACACAUCUUCGAGGGAUUACCUGUCUGGACCAUGAGAAUGAGAAAGUGAACAUGUACUGUGUAUCUGAUGACCAAUUGAUCUGUGCCUUAUGCAAACUGGUGGGUCGUCACCGAGACCAUCAGGUAGCUUCCCUAAAUGAUCGGUUUGAGAAACUAAAGCAAACUCUGGAGAUGAACCUCACCAACCUGGUUAAGCGCAACAGCGAACUAGAAAAUCAAAUGGCCAAACUAAUACAGAUCUGCCAGCAGGUUGAGAUUUCGCAAGUCAUGGCUCUGUCAAUGUCUUUUUAUUUUGUUCUUUUUCUCUACGGUCUCACCCUUUCCGAGAAGGAAAAAACAAAGUAGAAAGUUAUUAUUUCUGAGUAGUUUUCAGCCAAUCGGAAUCCCUCU